UGAUAGAACUGUUGCUAAUUGAUCAAAAUAGUCAAAAAAAGCAACACUUUUUACUACAUUGGAUUCCCAUUUACUUGAUCACUUUGGCUCACUCCAAGAACUAGCUACAUAUGAUUCGAACCCAGGUGUUGCGGCUCAACCGAAAAUGGCUAGCCCGUUAGAAAUGGUCGAAGCCUCGUGUACUGGACUCGUGCGCAGAAUGGUUAACCUCCCACGAGCCAUUUCAAGAGCCUUGGACCACGGUCUAGACGUCAUGAGAGCCAGUGGAGGACGGCGAAACCACCACCAUCAAUUUCCACCACCAUAUCAUGUUCCUGUGCAGCAGCACCACCAGCCGCCUCCGCUAGAUCAGUCGUUUACCACCAAUCUUCAGCCGGAUUGGAGUUUUCUGGCCGGUUUCGAGCAACAAUUUGGUGUGGUGCAUCCAUUCUUCUAUGCGUGCAGGUUCGUAGAAGCUUUGAAGAUGGCACGGGACGAAGAAAAGCUCGUGUUCUUGUAUUUGCACUCGCCUGAUCACCCAUUUACGCCACCAUUUUGCAAGGCGACUUUGUGCUCUGAGGUGGUGGUGCAGUUUCUUGAUGCGAACUUUGUGUCGUGGGGUGGCGGUGCGGAUAGCGGUGACGGUUUGCACAUGGCCACGACUCUCCGACCGGCUAGCUUUCCGUUUUGUGCGGUUGUGGCCCCUUGUUCCGCCGAUAGCUUAGCUGUGAUUCAACAAAUUGAAGGGCCGGUGACCCCAGAAGAACUAGUCGAAAUACUACAAACAAUGCUUGAGGAGCAAGGAUUGGUGUUUGGUAACGGAAGGGCAAAAGUGGAAGAAAAGAGAAUGGCCGAUCUUCGGUUGAGACAAGAAGGUGCCGCUUAUUCGGCAUCUCUUCAAGCCGAUCAGAAAAAAGAAGCAAAAGUAGAAAAGAGAACUCAACAUCAAGAUAAUGCAAUUGCCCAAGAUGCCCAGAUUUUAAUACGGUUUCCGAACGGAGAAAGGAAGGAAAAGACGUUCUCAUGCAUGGACAAAAUCGAAGCCAUUUUCGCAUUCGUCGAUUCACUAGGCUUGCCGGGAAUAGGUAGAAACUAUAGACUCGUAUCGAGUUUUCCUAGAAAAGCUUACGGUGUUGAUCAGAUGGACAUGACACUUAAAGAUGCCGGAAUUUAUCCCCUAGCAACUUUAUUUAUCGAGCUUGUUUGAUUUCCGUUUGUUUCUAGGUAGAUUUUAUAUUGUUCCUAGAGUUGUUGUGCACGAACCAAGGCUCGUAUUCUUAUAUCGAGACAUUACGGAUGCGUUCUUGAUAUAAGUAUGUCGUUUCGUUAAAAUACAAGGGUAUUUAAGGUUACUUUUUGUGAUA